AUGACGUGGAAUUCAGGUUGUAGUAUUGCAUCCGAUGAUGAAAAUUCAAGACAUAGUUUCUUGUCCGAUUGUGAUUCGGAAUUUGACUUACGACCACCACCUCGAUAUCCAGCCGAAAAACGAUCAUAUUCACCAUUAAAGAAACAAUCAGUCAAUAGAAUAGAACCUCCAAUGACAAGAUCAAGAGCAAAAGCAAUUGGAAAAACAAUAAUUGCGUCAGAGCCAUUACCUAAGCAACGGCGUCAAUCAACAUUACGACGUAGUAUUGAUGCAUUUACUGGAAUGGCUACAACAUUAACGAAUAGUUUAAAUAAUAAUUCAAUUUUAUUUUCAAAACAAGAACCAACAACAUCAUCUAAUGAUAGAACACCCAAUUCUCCAUUGGAUGGUGUUAAUAUAUUAGCUGACAGAUUCGAAAGUUGUAGUUUAGAUGAAGGAAAAUUGAACAAAAAUUGUUUGUGGCCAAGCCGUGAAACUAAUAGUCAUUAUAUGCGUCCAAUACCUUCUCAAUGUCGAACGAAUAUAUUUGGUGCUAAUCCAUUUUCAACAUUAAAUAAUUCCUCUUCAUUUGCUCAAUCUUCAACAUCAAUUCUAUUCGGUCAACGACAAGCUCAAUUAUGGUCACGUUUUCGUUUUGCUGCUUCAACUCUUCGUAAUAAUUUAUGGCUUGAACAAACUGAUUCAACUUUACAACAAGUUCCAUCAAAUAUAUUUUCAACUAAUUUCAAUAAUAAUAAUAAUCCAAUUAAUUUUAAUAAUCAAUCGUCAAUGUUAUUAUCUCCACAAACCGUACCGACUAGAUUAAUGACUUUCGAAAAUAAAACAUCAUCAUCAUUGAUUGAAGAACCAUCGCCAUCUUCAAUUUUUAGACAACGUAAAAUUCCACUAACAACUGAUUCUAUACCGUCUACUCCUACAAAGGAAAAUGUUAUUGUUCAACAAUCGUCGAUAUCAAAAAUUUUCUUUACAUUAACAAUUUUUGCCAUUGGUCUUGUGCUUGGUUAUUUAUUAACAAAUACAUUACCGCCUCGUCUGGUUUGGGAAAUAUGUGUUAAAUAUUUCCAUAUUUUAUGUGUUUAUCUUCAAAAUCUAAUGAAAUACUUUGUGUCUUUUUGA